CUGCUAGCUGGGAUGAUAGCAGAGCCUGCUUUUCUUUCUGAGUAUACUGUCUUUGCUUUGGAUCCUACCAAACGACCUAAACCAAAGAGUCAGAGCGUGCAUGUAUCCAAGCACACCGCUUCCAGCCCUAACAACAGUGAAAGUGAACAGUCUUCUCCACAGCCCAGUGAUGCCCAGUCCUUUGCUCAGAGGCUUCAGCUUCGGGUUCCUUCGAUGGAAUCGUUGUUUCGAAGUCCCUUAAAAGACACUCUGUUUCGCUCCUCUUCCAAGGAGUCCCUGGUGCGGACUUCUUCAAGAGAUUCCUUGAACAAACUGGACUUUGAUUCUCCGGGCCCCACGUUUGAUCCACCAUCUGACGCUGAAAGCGAAGCAGAAGAAUUACCAGGAAAUCUAGAAAGCUUGCCUAAGGAGCAGUUGUUGCAACGGUUGCGUAGGAUGGAACGCAGUUUAGGCAGCUACAGAGGAAAAUACUCAGAGCUGGUCACUGCCUAUCAAGCUGUGCAAAGAGAAAAGAAAAAGUUACAGGGAAUAUUGAGCCAGAGUCAGGAUAAAGCACUUCGCAGAAUUGGAGAGCUGCGGGAGGAGCUCCAGAUGGAUCAACAGGCUAAGAAACAUCUUCAGGAAGAGUUUGAUGCGUCACUAGAAGAAAAAGACCAACUCAUCAGUGUCCUGCAGACUCAGGUGUCAUUGCUGAAACAACGAUUGCAGAAUGGCCAGAUAAGUAUUGAACUUCCUGAGCCAAAUUUACAGACGCAACAACAAGUUCAGAGCCCAACAAAAGAUAUAGAUACAGAGAAUACUUUUCAACCGGGGAGUCUUGGUGGUGAUGGGGAUUCUGGUAAAACGCUAGAAAGUCUAACUCAGAGGGUAAAACGUCAAGAGAAUUUGCUCCAUCGAUGUAAAGAAACCAUUCGAAUGCACAAAGAGCUCUCCGCACAGCUAACCAACGAGAAGGAAGCCCUGCAGGAGCAACUAGAUGAGAGACUUCAGGAGCUAGAGAAAAUAAAGGAUCUUCACAUGGCUGAGAAGACCAAACUGAUUACUCAAUUACGUGAUGCAAAGAACUUGAUAGAACAGCUGGAACAAGAUAAAGGCAUGGUAAUAGCAGAAACGAAACGUCAAAUGCACGAAACCCUGGAAAUGAAGGAGGAAGAAAUUGCUCAGUUGCGUGCUCACAUCAAGCAGGUUGUGACACAAAGCGAAGAAUUAAAAGAGCAGAAAGAAAAAUCUGAAAAAGCUGCAUUCGAAGAGCUAGAGAAGGCUCUAAGUGCAGCCCAAAGGACUGAAGAAGCACGCAAGAAGUUACAAGCAGAAAUGGAUGACAAGAUCAAGGCAGUUGAAAAAGCAAGCGAGGAGGAGCGUGUGAGCCUUCAACAGGAGCUAACAAAGGUGAAGCAGCAGGUGGUUAACAUAAUGAAGAAAUCUUCAGAAGAACGAGUUGCUGAACUGGAGAAGCUGCAUAAAAAUGAAUUGGCUAAGAAAGAACAGAUACUAAAUAAUAAAUUACGGGCUCAAGAACAGGCAUUCCAGGAGCAAAUCAAGACAGCUCUUGAAAAGUGCCAGAGUGAACAUUUACAAUCCUUGCAUGAAAAAGAACAACAGGAAUCAUUAGCCUUAGAAGAAUUAGAAUUGCAGAAAAAAGCAAUUCAACUUGAAUGUGCCAAAAACGUUGAAAAUAUGCAACACGAAGUGGCGACCUUCAAAACGAGAAUUCUUGAGCUGGAAAGUUCUCGCGCAAAAGAUUCACCAAAUGACAAAAGCCAGCUGGAGGAAAUGGCUGCUCAGAUAGAAUCAGAAAAAAAUAAGCACAAUAGGGAAAUGACUGCCAUGGUUGAAAAGCAUAGAGAAGAGCUAGAGCAUGUGAAGCAGCAGCAAGAGCAACUUUGGACAGGAAAGCUUGAUACAUUAACUCGGCAGAAACAAUCAGAAAUGGAGGAGCUGAAAAAGCAAUAUGAAGAAGUGGCUAAAAUUUUGAAAGAGAAAGAGGCUGUAUUUCAUGCCCACAUAGAAGACAUGAAUGAGAAGACUUUAGAAAAACUUGAUGUGAAACAGACGGAGCUGGAAGCGCUGUCUUCUGAGUUGUCAGAAGCACUAAAAAUUCGUCAGACUCUUGAAAGAGACCUGUCGGCAUUAAAAGAUGACACAGAUAAAGCACAGCAAGAGUUUGAGGACAAGCUGGCGCAACAAAGGAAUCGUCAUCAGAAACAAAUUGAAAGUAUCUUCAAAGACCAUGAAGGAGCUGAAGAAACUUUCAAAGAAGAAAUCACUCGACUCGUGCUACUUUUGGAAGCGAAAGAGAAACUCCAGCUGGAGUUGGAAAUGCAAGUGAAGGAACUGAAGGAAUCUGUAGAAAAGGCUGGAACUGAACAUAAUCGAUUGUCGGCAGAACUUGAUGCUCUUUGCCUAUCCACCUCUGAAAGUGCUAGGGAACAGACAGGCACUUAUGAACAGCAGUUAAUGGCCCUGCAGCAAAAGCUGGCAGAUAUGAAUACUGAAAAAUCUCAUCUUGAAGAACAGGUGGCAAAAAUGGAAUCUCAAAUGAAUGAAGGCAAGGCUGAUUUAGACUCUCGGAUAUCUCAGGUAGAUAAUUUGAAAUGUGAGCUAGAAGAGCAAAAGAGAGAAAAUACACAGAAAGUCACUUCUCUGACAGAACACUACGAAUCCCAGUUAAGGGAGCUGAGAGAGAAGGUUGAUCAGGCAAAGACUUGUUUUACAAAUAAGGAAAAUGAGCUUGAACAAACGAAGGGGCUCCUGAAUCAACAAAUUAACAAACUUGAGCAGCACCUAUCAGCCAAAGAGGAGGAAAUUAGCGCUUUAAAAGGUGAAUAUGAAAACAAAUUAAAACAUCAAGAGACCCAAGCGGAGAAAGUUAAGGAGAAAGCAAAGGAGAUGCAUGAGAAAUUUAAGAAAAAGCUUUCAGAGCAGGAAGCGAAACUGAAAAAGGAGGUUGAAAACAAACAGUUGGAGCUCAGUCAGAAAGAAAAGCAAUUCAAUUCAAAAAUCCUGGAAAUGGCUCAUGCCAGCUCAGCUGGAAUCAAUGAUGCUGUGUCAAAACUGGAGAUGAAUCAGAAGGAGCAACUAGAAACUCUGGCGGAAACUCACAGACGAGAGCUGGAAGAAAUCAUGCAAUCCUGGGAAAAGAAGCUGAGUCAGCAGGCUGAGGAGCUUCAGGAAAAACAUGAAUUGGAGCUUCAGGAAAAAGAGCAGGAAGUGGGAGACCUGAAACAGAAACUGGCUACUUUCAGUGCUGAGAGAGAAGGGUUUAGUGCAGAGAUCAUCCGGUUAAAGGAUGAGCAGGCAAGGAAGGACGAAUCUCUUAAUGAACUGCAAGAAAAGCUGCAGGAGACAUUAGCUGAAGUGGCUGCCUUGACUCAAAAGGAAAAUGAUCUCAAAACACAGCUUGGAAAACGCAUGGAUGACCUUAGUCUGACUUUGAAAGAGAAGGAAACGCUUCAGGAACAGCUAAUUGAAAUGAAGGCAAUGGGAGAAAAAGAGAAGGAUAAAGUCAGUGAAUUGACAGAUAGGUUGAAAGCUUCUGAAGAGCGACUUCAGGGCUUGGAGUCCUCUCAUUGUAAAGAGUGUGAGGAUUAUGAGAAAAAAAUUGAGGAUACCAAUUUUGAGCUUCAGGAGAAAAAAGCUGCAUUUGAGAAUCUUGUAAAGGAUAUCUCCACACAAUUAGAGGAUUACCAGCACACAGCUGAAGCUUUACUGCAAACAAAAGCCAAUGAACUGAUUGAAAAGUUCAGUGAGAAAAUGUCUUCAGUCAUUUCUAAAGUUGCACAUUGUCACCAUCAGGCAACAAAACUGAAAGAAGCAAUUUUAGUCAAAGCCUGUAAAGUCUCUGAACUAGAAGCUCAGCUUAAGCAAGUAACGGAGAGCUGCGAGACUUUAAGCCACUCUUUGCAGGAGUCAAAAGAGCACUUGGAAGAAAAGAAAAGCCUGGUGAGAUCCUUGACAGUGGAUAUUGAAAGGGUUGUAGCGGAGAAAGAGCAGUUGCAAAAAGAAGGAGGACAUCAGCAGCAAGCAGCGACCGAGAAGGAAACUUGUAUCACACAGCUAAAGAAAGAAUUAUCAGAGAAUAUUAAUGCCGUCACCUCUAUGAGGGAGGAAAUCGAGGUGAAGAAGUUGGAGAACGCUGAGCUGAAUAAACUUGUCACUGAGUUGAACCUCAAACUGGAGAACAGCCUGAGUGAAAAAGAGGCUGCCGUGGCACUGUUAAACAAACAACACAAAGAGAACCGACUGCAGCUAUUGAACGAGGUGCAAGAAUUGUCUUCCAGGGUCGAUACGCUAAGUCAAGAAAAAGCAGCGGCGCUCGAACAGGUAGACCACUGGAUGAACAAGAUGUCGGAGUGGAAGAAGAAAGCCCAGUCAAGAUUUACGCAGAACCAUAGUACCAUUAAGGAGUUGCAUAACAAGCUGGAGUUAAGUAAUAACCAAGCUAGUGAAAAAGAGGAGGAGCUGAACAGAAUGAAAGAAGAGUUAGAUAAACAAACCAAGAAUUUAGAACAUCUGAAGGGUUUAAUGGAUCAAAAGCAAAUGAGAAGAGAGAAGCAAGAAUCUGAUUUGGUUGCUGAACUAAAAAUCCAGACAGCAAGAAUUGCCGAGCUUGAGGAACAUAUUGCUCGGAAAACAGCUGAAAACGAUUCAUUAAUGGAGGAACUCAAAAGGCAAAAUGAGCAGAAUGACAUUAAGCAGCAAGAUUUGGCACAUCAACUUCAACGGGCUCAAGCGGCCAUUGAGGAAAAGGAAAACAGCCUUAAAGAGAUGGGACAGAAAAUGCUAGAUCUUGAAAAGAAAGUGGAGGCCGCAGAAGUUGACCUUGAGGCAAAAUCAAGAGAAUUUGAACAAACAAAUAGUGCACUCAUGAAAAGCAAAGCAGAAGAAUUAAAGGCUUUAGAAGAGAGUCUUUUUUCAGAAACAAAUGCAAAGACAGCCGAGCUGAAAAAAAAGGCUGAACAAAGAAUUGCUUCUAUUAAGAAACAGUUGACAUCUCAAAUGGAAGAAAGGGAGCAGAUGUAUAGACAAGAAAUUGAAAAACAGUUAGUAGAUUUAGAGCAAAAACUGCAGGAAAAAGAAAACAAAAUUAAAUCUUUAGAAGAAAGAAUUAAAUCAACUGACCAUUCCUCUGAGUUAGAAAAAGAGAUGAUACAGAAGGUAGAAACCAUAACAGUUUCCACAGAGCAAGAGAAAAUGCAUGCGCUGGAGAACAUGCAACAGAUGUAUGAAUUAAAAAUAAAUUUUCUACAAAAUGAUUUAUUGGAAAAAGAGAAACUUCUGCAGACAUACAAUGGGGAGCAAAAGACAGAUAAUACCCCAAAGCUAGAAGCUCAAAAAGAGCUCGAGGAACUCCAUAAAAAGAACCAAGAUGACCAUACCAAAAUUGAAAAACUCCAGCAAGAACUUGAGGAACAAAUUAAGAAACAUGAUUCAUUACUUAAACAGCAUACCAAGGACAGCAGCGACUUAGCACGUAUCCAAGGAGAACUAAAACCCAAAGAACAAAAGCAGCAAGAGAUGGAGAACGUGAUCGAAGACUUGCAAAAAAAGCUGCAAGAAACAGAAGAAGAGAGGCAGUCUUUGCAACAAAAGAUGAGCAGCUUCGGUGAGGAUUUAGCAAGAGAGAGAGACCUACACGAGGCAGAGUUAGGAAAGGUGACUUCACAAUAUGAAGAGAAAUUGCAGGGACUGCAGCAGCAGGUAGAUGAAAAAAGUGGCCUUAUGAAAGCUUUGGAAGCAAGCACGGAAGAAAAGGCCCAGACGGACCUUGAGCUUCAGAAACUGCUCGACGAUUUGAAGAGCCAGCAGAAGGAUUUGCAAGCUAAACUGGAAGAGGCUGAACGGGAGAAAAAGAAGCUCAGCAAAGAGGUGAAUAAGCUGCAGAAGGACAUGCGGGCUUUGCGAAAAGAGCAUCAGCAAGAGCUGGAGAUAAUUAAAAAAGAAUCAUUAGAAGAACUGGAGCAGAAACUAAAGUAUGAACAGGAAGAUGCUGAAUUGAAGCACAACUCCACAUUAAAGCAGUUAAUGAGGGAGUUCAAUACCCAGCUGGCACAAAAAGAAAAGGAAUUAGUAACAGCAGUACGAGAAGCCAUCAGUAAAGCCCAAGAAGUUGAAGGUGAAUUGAUAGAAAGCCAUCAUACAGAGAUAACUCAACUAUAUACAAAGAUGGUAGAAAAAGAUGAUGAUUUACAAAGAACGGUGAAAAAGUAUGAGGAAAUCCUUCAGGCCCGAGAAGAAGAAAUGACAGGCAAAGUAGAUGAGCUGCAGAAACAGCUGGAGAAAUUGCAAGAAGAAUACAAACAAAGAUUGUCAGAUGAAGAGAAUUGGAAUAGUGGAGAAGUAACAAUAGCUGAACUUCAGACCCAGCUAGCCCAGAAGACAACUCUUAUCAAUGAUUCAAAGUUGAAAGAGCAAGAAUUCAGAGAACAGAUUCACACACUACAAGACCGAUUGAAAAAUUACGAGAAGGGCAUGUACGUCAUGACAGUUGGAACGCCUUACAGGGAUGGGAAUCUCUGCCAUUCUGACGUGUCUCUCUUUGGUGAGCCUACCGAGUUUGAAUACUUGAGGAAAGUGCUCUUUGAAUAUAUGAUGGGCCGUGAGACAAAGACAAUGGCAAAGGUCAUAACUACUGUGCUGAAGUUCCCUGCCGACCAAGCACAGAAGAUCUUAGAACGAGAAGAUGCACGGGCACUGUCCUGGCUACGACCAUCGCCUUGAAGAACUUGCAACACAUGAACUCGGUAGCAGAUGAUACGGCUUUAAAAUGAUCAUAUCUCUGUUUCAGCA